AUGAUAAAUUUUCUCCUACUAUGGUCAUUUUUGACCAUUGCCUUUGCUUUACAAUCGAAUUGUCCAUCUCUUUGCGAGUGUGAUCAAAAUGAUUCGUCUUGGAAUGUCUACUGUCGAAAGGCUAUUAUAAAUGACACCGUGUAUGCAGAGAUUCUGAAUCAACUUCCACUGACUCUGCGUUCUUUACAUAUUCAGCCACCAACGAAUCGUCUGGGUUCGAAUAAACUUCGAUGGAAUGACAACAUCAACCGAUUCGCACAACUUCGUGUUCUUCGUCUCAUCAAUUGUCAAAUUCCAGCAAUGUCCAGAUCUAUUCGACUUCCUUCUCUUGAAGUUUUGGAUCUACGUUACAAUAAUAUCGAGCAUGCGACAAUGAGCAAUUUCGGAGGAAUGCCAAAGUUGAGAGUUUUGGAUUUAUCUUCGAAUCACUUGAAUAUCCUCCCAACUGGAGUAUUCACUUAUCUUCGAUCCUUGAAAUCUCUUACUCUUUCCAACAACACAAUUUCGGAUCUCUCCACUAAUUUACUUCGAGGACUCAACUCUCUUCGAGUUCUUCGCCUCGAUCGGAAUUCCAUCCCAAUCGAGCAAAUCAAUGACUUGUUUUCCGAUGUUUCUCAACUAGACGAACUCUAUCUGAAUCACUGCAACCUCACUUCCAUCUCUGCUCUUUCUCUAGAUCGUAUCCCUCAACUCCGCCAGCUAGGAAUCGGUGGAAAUGACUUGAAGAGAGUGCCAACUAAGGAGUUGAGACCACUUUCUCAGCUAACUGUUUUGGAUUUAUCUCACAAUUCGAUUCAAGAAAUCCCAGCUUGCGCAUUUUGCAAUACUAAUAUCUCGAAACUCGAUCUUUCACACAACUUGCUCGGUAUUUCGAAAGGUUCUCCAUUUAACGAAGAUGCAUUCCGGAAUAUUCCAUUGAGACACUUGGAUCUUUCAUUCAAUCAUUUGGAUGAUUUCGAUUCGAAAUGGUUGGGAUAUGCCCAAGAUGAGCUGACUUCAAUUGCAUUAUCAGGAAACUUGUUGAAACACUUCGAAGAAAUUUGGACGCACACUCUCCGAUCUUUGGUUCACCUUGAAAUGGCAUACAAUCAUAUCAAGUACAUCCCAGUCCAACUCCCAGCUCGCUACUACCACUUGGUAUCAUUCAAUGUGUCUGGAAAUGAGCUCUCCUACUUGCCAGACAAUAUCAACACUUUGCUUCCAAAUGUGAAAACAUUCGACAUCUCUGCCAAUCGUUUCCACACCUUCUCCCACACGGAUUUGGCGUUUUUGAACAAUGUGGACCAGGUCUACAUGGAUUCGAAUCCUUGGGAUUGUUCAUGUGCUAUUCAGGGACUUCAGGUACAUAUGCGAGAUCGUUAUGCGAUGCGACACAUUCUCAACUAUGAAAACGUACGAUGCGCGACACCGUCUCUUGUGGAAGGUCACUCGGUUUUGGCUAUUACCGACGUUAACGACUGUGCAGUUUUGUUUGGUGCCCGCUAUGGAUUAACUCAAACUAGUGAAAUGCUCAUUCUCCUCGCCGGAGUUUUGCUCUUCGCUAUCGUUCUUCUCAUGAUUCUCGGAUGCAUUUACUUCCUCCGCGAGCGUCAAUACAAAGGAUCCUACGUGACACGAGAGCAUUCCAGAACUCCUCUAACCAUGGCGAAUACUCAUAGCUGCUCUUCCAGCACAAAUGAUACUCAUGGCCCUUUGUCACCUCCAUUCGACCCAUUUAUGGUUAGUACCGAGACAUUUAAAGCCACUCCUCCAUUGAUUCCUCCGGCACCACCAAAGCCCGGAUCCUCCUAUUUUGGAAUUUGA